GCACUGUAUGGAUGCUGGAAUUAUUUUAGUGUACAAAAGUGUGUAGGUAGCCAGGCUUACAGGUGCCUUUUGAAAUGAUUGUUUGACAAUCAGAUGAGAACAUCAUCAUAACUGGUUUUGGUAAUGCCACAUUUAAAGGUAAUACAUGUUUCAUUAAAUGACUAAUAUUUACUAAUAGGCCCACAGAGACCCUAUUAAAUUAGUAUUGAUUCUAUAUGUAAUACUAUGUUUAGAAUGAAACAGAAAAGUGCAAGCGUGUGCACACUGAAGAGGUCCCAUACCAGGAAGAAAUCUACUUUCACCCCGAGUAUAUACUGUAUAAAAUUGAUGUCACCUAUGAUCAUUUUUAGGAAUAUUUAUUGACUUGCCUUGCAGGAACCAAGAUGCAGGAGAUAGUUGUUUCCACGGGGAAGAUCAUUGAGCUCCUGCGUCCAGAUGCCAACAAAGGGAAGAUUAACACCCUGCUCACCAUGGAGGUGUUUGGCAUUAUCCGCUCCCUUAUGGCCUUCAGGCUGACUGGAGGAACUAAAGGUGUGUGUUAUGUGUCUCUGCCUGUACACCUGAGAUUGCAUUUUGGUAUAUAGAUAUGACUCAAUCUUGGUGCCAGAAGAGUAGUUGCUGUGUGUAAUGUAGAUUCAUAUUUUCUAUGUAUGUGGUUAAAAAGCUCUGAUUUUGAAAUCUCGAGACAUUUGUGCUUUUCAUGCCUAGACUACAUUGUGGUGGGCAGUGACUCAGGCCGCAUAUUGAUCCUGGAGUACCACCCCUCCAAGAACAUGUUUGAGAAGAUCCACCAGGAGACCUUUGGCAAGAGUGGCUGUCGUCGCAUCGUCCCUGGACAGUUCCUUGCCGUCGACCCCAAGGGCAGGGCAGUCAUGAUAGGUAAAUCAGCUCAGGGAACUGAGAGGGAGAUUGUUUUGGAAAGAGUUGGUAACGGUAAUUUUGUUGUUGUUGACAUCUGUGACUUGAUGGGAUAAUCCCCUAUUGCAAUGAACGGUUUUCAUCUCAGAGUUGUAGUUUACUGAUUACCUCUGUUUCCAGGUGUUGUAGUUUACUGAUUACCUCUGUGUUUCCAGGUGCCAUUGAGAAGCAGAAGCUGGUGUACAUCCUGAACAGAGAUGCAGCAGCACGUCUCACCAUCUCCUCUCCCCUGGAGGCUCACA